CAGAGCUAACGUUCAAUGUAGUCGUUGAGAAGAGUCGCCGCGCUUUGUAGUGGCAGUGUAGUUCUCAUUUAUUGCUAAAAAUGCAGCUGUUGCCGGUCACAUUGCAGCUGCUCUUUCAGGUUUUUGUGGUGUCCGCCACCGAGCUCACGUUUGAGCUUCCCGACAACGACAAACAAUGUUUCUACGAAGACUUGGAGAAGGACGUCAAGUUUGACUUAGAUUAUCAGGUGAUUUCAGGAGGAAACUACGACGUGGACUGUUUUGUGACAGAUCCUCUUGAUAACAUACUGUACAUGGAGAACAAGAAGCAGUAUGACAGCUUCUCCCACACCACUGCCAUGAAGGGAGUCUACAAGGUCUGCUUCAGCAAUGAGUUCUCCACGUUCUCACACAAAUCCAUCUACCUGGACUUCCGCCACGGCGAUGAGGAGCCUCUGCUGCCCAGUAUGACAAGAGCCACGGCGCUGACACAGCUCGAAUCCACAUGCGUCGCAAUCCACGAGAUCCUGAAGGUGGUGGCUGAAUCCCAGACGUGGUAUCGUCUCAGAGAAGCACACGACCGCACGAGGGCGGACCAGCUCCUGGACCGCGUCACUUUCUGGUCCAUCGGCGAAACUGUUCUGCUGUUUAUCAUCGGCAUCGGCCAAGUCAUGUUGCUCAGAAGCUUCUUCAGUGAUAAGAAAGGCUCUGUGGCAGCAAUGACUUAACAUUUCUUAGUCUGUAAAAACAGAACUGUUAUUUCUUUUUGCUUACUGAUUGUCUGUGUUGUUGUUACUGAAGAGCUACCACAUGUACUAGGGUUUAAAAUUACAGUCACCUACAGAGUCAGAUCAUUUAUUUUCCUAUCCCUAGUAAUACUAUGUCGUUGGCUGUUUAAUUUUGCCAGUUGCCUUAAAACACAGUACUGUCAUCAACAUCUUCAUGGCCCAAAAUGAGAAACAUAGAUGCUGGUAUUUGUUUUAAUGUCUGUUAGGUUUUAUGUGUUUGUCCUAAUUUAUGCGCAAAUGUUUUUUUUUUUAAGUACAUUCUAUCUUUCAUUUUCGAUGAAAUUGUGCAUACUUUUUUUUGACAUGUGGAGAUUACAGUCUGUUUGCUUCCCUGCUCCAAUUUAAAACAAAAACACCAACCAGGGCAGCUGGUUCUAACUUGAACUAAUUAUGUUGUACAAGGAUGUAUGUUAAAUAUUUGAUCAAUUCUGGAUUUUUCCAUUUAUAACAAUGUGAUAAUGUUGUACAAGGAUG